GUUAGCCUGCCAGCUAGCUAACGGGCUAGCUGCACAACUCUGCUCACGACCAAAAUAACAUAACUAUUCGUUUUGUGCAGAUAUUCGUCAUGGACUUGAAAACCGUGUUGUCACAGCUUGAAACCGCUGCCGAGGGAGACGCGGAGCUGCUUCUGCAGCAGUACAGUAGAGAGAACACUCAGACAUUUGCUUUUGACCAAAAGGAAGAAACCCUGCGGAUUAAACUAUGCCAGAGUGUGUUGACAGUCCUGGGGAGACAGGUACACCCCAGCUGUCAAAAAACCUGUCUAGAAACCCUCCGCAUCCUGUCCAGAGACAAGCGUGUCCUGGCACCAGUGUCCACCAGAGAGGGCAUGGUGAUCCUGCUGAGGAUGGCCCGGCUCCGCGCCGGACAGGAGGAGAACGAAGACCAGAGAAGCUCUCAGGGAGGUGCACAGUCAGAGGAGGAGGAGAGGGUGGUGGUAGAGGCCUUAAAGUGCCUGUGCAAUGUUGUUUACAACAGUCCUGCAGCUCAGCAAGUUAGUGUAGAUGUCCAGCUCGCUCACGGCUUGUGUGCCAGCUUGCACAACGGCAGCACGUGUCACCAUGAGGUGGGCCUGUUCACACUGCGGCUUCUCUUCCUUCUGUCUGCCCUCCGACCUGAUGUAAGGGGAGUUUUGAGGUGCGAGUUGCAUGCCGUGAAACUGUUGACAGAGGUGCUUGAGCACACCUUGGAUGUGCGCUGGGUUGGUCCCUAUGAAGCUGCACAUCCAGGCCCACAGGCCCUGCCCAUGCCAGCGGAGGAUAACGAGAGAGCAAUGGAAGCACUCAAAGCUUUGUUCAAUCUCACACUUUCUGAAGCUCGUGGCGAGGAGGAUAACCACCAGUUCCGGGUCAUAGCUGCUAUCCUGCGUCACCUGUUGAUGCAGAAGACAGAGACGGAGGACAAAACGGAGGAAGCACACAGCCAUGCUGUCAACCUGCUCAACAACCUGCCGGUGUCCUGUUUGGAUGUGCUGAUUGACGUGCCUGUCCGGGGAGGCCAAGACGAAUAUGGUGGGAAAAACCUGGAAGCAGUGCAAGUGUUAAUAGACUUCAUGGAGAAGAGAAUUGACAAGCAGGGGUCCAACUACAAAGAGGGUUUGACUCCAGUGCUCAGCCUUUUAACCGAAGGAUCGAGAUGUCACAGGGAGAUCCGCAGAUAUAUCAAAGCUCAGGUACUCCCCCCGCUGAAAGAUGUGAAGAACAGGCCAGAGGUGGGCUCCACCGUCAGGAACAAGCUGGUUCGCCUCAUGACACACGUGGACAUGGGCGUGAAGCAGACGGCUGCAGAGUUCCUCUUUGUCCUCUGCAAAGAAAGCGUGGACAACCUGUUGAAGUACACUGGAUAUGGGAACGCAGCAGGACUCCUGGUGGCGCGAGGGCUGCUGGCCGGAGGGCGGGGGGAGACUCAGUACUCCGAAGAUGAAGACUCAGACACAGAAGAAUACAAAUCGGCCAAACCGUUCAUCAACCCCAUUACUGGUCAUGUGGAGGAGCCAAUGCUGAAUCCCCUUGAAGAAAUGACCGAAGAGCAGAAGGAGUAUGAAGCCGAGAAACUGGCCAAUAUGUUUGACAAGUUAUCAAGGCAGAACCUGAUUCGACCAAUGGGAGUCAGGCCGGACGGGACGUUAGCGCCUCUUGAAGAAACUCUGUGUGAUCCACCCGAGGAAAACUCUGAAUCAGACUCUGACUAGUGCACUCCACACCCGGGCCACAAUUUCCAGACUAAGCCCCUGCCCCCGACAAACCCUCAACCCACCUAGAUCUGUGUCCCAUUUCAAGGGCCGAAUCCUUCUGUGGAUUCUCAGAAGUGGACUGUAAAUCUGUGCCUCCCCUCUGAACGAGUCUUAGGAUCAUCAAACAAAACUGUGACAUGCUGCACUUAGUAGCGAUUUCCAUGUAAUUAAACUGAUGGUUAAUGAUUCAAACCA